GCUUUUAAAUCUGUCUGUGACACGGACAUGUGGCUGCAUAUUGCCAAGGAAACAGCACAGUGUGCUCUUUCUCUCUCUCUCUCUCUAGCUCGCUCGCUCCCUCGCUCCCAAGGGGCUCGUGUUUCAGAGCACGGCUUCCUGGCUCCCUCCCCCUGCUCUCCACUGGCCCACUUUAUUGACUUUCAGCUAAAAGCUUUUUGUUGGAGUUUGGGAGAGCGUGGGGGAGGGGCAGGGGACAGGCUCAGCCACUUGGAGAGCGGGGGAGGACCCAUUCGGCCCGUUACCCGGGCAACCUGACAUCAGAGUGACGGAACUUCCCGUUUUAAAAUCUUUUAGACCGGAUCCAUCCAGCUGCAUGCCCCAUUUUGAGGCCUCUUAACUGAGAGCUUAGAGAGGAGAGGCUGAGAUCGCUCUGCUACUCUCUCCUUUUCUCACGCAUAUACACACACACACACACACACACACACACACACACACACACACACACACACAUAAACAUACAUAUUCCUGCUCCUUUGCAGCAGGGUGGAUGCAGAGCAGGAUGGAAAAGGCUUUCAGGGUAAAGUGCACUGCAAUGUAAAAAGCCACUUUUAUAUGUAAAUAAAAAAAAGAAAAGCUGAGCGAGAGAAAGACUUAAAAGUAAGCAGUGUAGCUCUUAGGUUUCAAAAUGGCCUCUGACGACGGCGUCAGCUACAUCGUGCCCGGGUUCUCCGAGAAGCACCGCCGCGCCAGGAACUGGACUGAGGCUGAGAUGAAGGCCCUGAUCUACGUCUGGGAGGAGUUCUACGGCGCGCUCAAGGGCGCAAAGAGGAAUGCCAAGAUCUACGAGAAGAUGGCCAACCGACUCUACGAGAUUACAGGAGAACACCGGCACCGGGAGGAAAUCAAGAUGAAGAUCACCAACAUGUCCUUCCAGUACAGGAAACUGAAGCAUACGACUAAUGGUGUAGGUUCCUCCGACUGGCCCUACUACAAGAUGAUUGACAGGAUUUUGUCAAAGAGCGGCGGGGGCAAAGACGACCUGCUAGACCUCCAGGAGGCAGGGCCCUCCUCUGAGACUGCUGAGGGGUCCGUACCUGUGCCUGGGGCCUCACCUGUGCUCGGUUUCCUCCCCGAGUACACAGGCUCCUCUGAUGAGAAGUAUCUCAGAGACGAGGAGGAGCUGUCCGACAGCUCUAUGAGCUUGCACUCAGCAGAUUCUAGGAGCCAUUCGUUUCCGGCGAAGCGGAGGCGUGUGCCGCAGCCCUCACCCCCUGCCUCACUGAAGAAGAGGAAGGUGCGGGUGCUGGAGGCCAUGCUGCAGGAGCAGAGGAGGAUGCGCCGGGCCAUGGAGGAGACGUGUCGGGAGGUCCGGCGGGUCGUGCAGCAGCAAAACCUGCUGCAGGUGCAGAGCCAACAGCUGCAGGAGCGCAUGAUGAACCUGCUGGAGAAGAUGGUGUGGCCCAGAGAACCGGCACACCCACAGAACUGAGUCCUGCUGGUAGCAAGUACAGAGGCCUAGGAGGGACACAUAGAGCGUUGCCCACAUGCCCAUAUUUCUUCCGUGCUCAAAGGCUGGGGAAAAGACACAAGAUGGUUUUCAAGCACUCCAGACAUUUGUUCCGUCAGCCUAAACUAAGGUGUAAAAUCCGAUGGGAAACAUUCCUGGACUCUGCACAGUAUCUUUCUAAUUUGGAAAAGAACUUAAGAGAACUGUGGGAUGUCUCAUUGUUUCACUAAAAUAUGUAAAGUUCACUGAGGUUCCUAUAUUGUUU